GUUAGAGAAGUUGAUACCGAUUUGUGUGAUUUUUGUUUUUCAGUGUAGUUUCAUUUGUCGAAUUCACUGCAGGUAUCUCGGUGUACGGACAUACGACGUCACCUGGAUGGGAAAGGGAGGCUUGGAACGCAUGAUGCUAAGUCCGUGAACCCGGAAGAGUGGAUUGGUAGGCGUGGGUUGUGGUCUGUAAUGUGAAGAUUGUAGUAGCAUGCUUACAAAUCAAACGAUGACGUGUUCCCUAGGUGUGAGAGCUGAUAUAAUAAACCCCAAGAACAUUGGAAUGCUACAUGUCAAAUGAUUACCAUGAGGUAUAAAUGCUGUCUAAACAGAGCAUGGCUUUCCAAAUCACAUUUACAUACAUUCCUGCUCGGCUUUGCCUACGUCAGUCUCGGCUCAAGUCGUGUUCUUCUUGUAAAAUUUUCCGCUAAUGAAGAUAAUAAAUAUGACUAUGUUCCAGUGACAGUGAAUGUUUGCGCAGAGGCUGUAAAGCUCCUGUUCUGUAUGGUGAUGUCUGUUAGGAUAAUUAUGAAAGAAAGACGCUCAUUUAGAUGGAAUGCAUCGUUCAAGGAAUUUUGUCUGUACAUGAAAUGGGCCAUUCCAGCAUUUCUUUACUUUUUGGAUAAUUUGAUCAUCUUUUAUAUUUUGGCUUAUCUGCAACCAGCUAUGGCUGUGUUGCUGUCCAAUUUUGUUAUCAUUACUACAGCAAUUUUCUUCAGAUUCAUAUUAAAACGGCAACUGUCCUGUGUUCAGUGGGCUUCUCUAGUGAUUCUGUUCCUGUCCAUUAUGGGGCUCACGUCACGAAACGACACUGCUCAUCAUGAAGUAUCUGUCGAUGUUCAUCACCACCUGUUUCAUUCUGCCCCCUCAAACAGCUGCAUUUACCUAAAAAAGCCAGACACAGAAGCCCAUACAAUCAGCCUGAAAGCAUUUGCAAACUUUCAGUUUCUCCAUCUUGGCCUGGGCCACUUCCUGAUCCUGCUGCAGUGUGUUAUUUCUGCAUUGGCAAAUAUCUACAAUGAAAAAAUUCUCAAGGAAGGAGAGCAGAUCUCAGAAAGCAUCUUUAUACAGAACAGCAAACUUUAUGUCUUUGGUGUUUUAUUCAACGGCCUUACCCUGGUUCUUCAUGAGGAACACUUCAGUAAAAUCAAAUCCUGUGGAUUUUUUUAUGGUCACAAUGGAUUUUCUGUUGCCCUUAUUUUUGCGUCAGCCUUUGUUGGACUGUGUGUGGCUUUUAUAUUGAAGUUCAGAGACAACAUGUUUCAUGUGCUCACAGCGCAGUUAACCACUGUGAUCAUUACCAUUGCAUCAUACUUUGUGUUCAGUUUUAAGCCUUCCCUGGACUUCUUUCUGGAAGCGCCUGUCGUCCUGCUCUCUAUAUAUAUUUAUAAUGCAAGCAAAAUAACCGAGUCCAGCACUACCACACAACGAGAGAAACUCAAAAUAAUAAAUGGAGAUGUAUGGGAACGCUCAAAUGGGGAUGGUCAGGAGCUUGAGAAACUGACUGCAACGAAUGAAGACUCUGAGACAGAUGAAGAAAUCUUCUAGUAAAGCAGAAUCACAUACUGAUGUCAAGCACCUUGAAGAACUAGUGAAACUUUACUACCUGUACAAGGAUAAGCAGUAUUAAAUCAUGCCAUUUUUGGCUGCACAGGACCAUUCAACGAGAAACACAUUAUGAUACCAGUUGUGUUGUGGUGCUACAGUUGGAGAGCUUCUCCCCACUAGCGUUUUCAGCACUGGUGGAAUUGCCAGAACAUUAUGGGAAAUCAACAUUUUAUUUACAGCCUCUUUUUUUUGCCGGCGGUUUCACUUGAAAAAGAUUUGCAUUGGGAUGCUGUGUUUACUAGAUGAACUCCUAUCAUAAAUGUGCCUUAGAAUUUGAUAUUUUUGUAUGUCUAAAAUAGGUCACCCCGUUAUAUUAAAAUGAAAAUGAAUUUCA